AUGAAUCCCCACAUUGUUUGUCACAUGCUUCUCCCCAUCUUCCAGUUACCGGACAUGUUCUUGUACAUUCAUCAUGGUCAUCUUGAGUUUGUCUCUGGCAUUCAGUACAAGAGUCGCCAUUCCUGUACAUACCAACUGCACAAUCUGGAGAAAAUAGAAACCAUCUUUUUGUAUAACAAACCAUGUACGCCCGGCACACAUGGAGAGAACUGUGAGUCCAAGUGUGGGAACUGUGCUGGAGUGGCCUGUGAUCCUAUCAGUGGAAGCUGCCCACAAGGAUGUGAAGGUGGUUGGCAUGGAACAGAUUGUAAAGCAGCGUGUCCUGCGUACACCUAUGGAACUGGAUGUACUGCCUGUGGUAUGUGUGCUGCGAGAAUGGCCUAUGACAAAGGUUCAGGAGCCUGUCCAGCUGGAUGUCGCGCAGGGUGGACUGGAAACAAAUGUAACAGUCCAUGUCUCCCAAAUACUCACAGCGCUUGUGAACCAUGCGGUCAGUGUGCUGGUGGUGUUCCUUGUGACAAGAUCUCAGGGCUCUGCUCAGUUGGAUGCCAAGAAGGCUGGAGUGGGUCUCUGUGUAAAACACCGUGCACACCUGGAACACACGGAGCAGGAUGUCUAUCACUUUGCUCCCACUGCAAAACAGGAAGUGUGUGUCAUCAGGUGACUGGUCAAUGCCCGGAAGGUUGUCAACAGGGAUGGAGAGGCGCUAAAUGCGACGAGGGUGUUGGUGAAACCGGGGAUGAGACAAACAACACAUCUCUUCUAAUUGGAGUUAUUGGAGCGUCAGCUGGGGUUGUUGUCCUACUUGUAAUCAUCGCCAUAAUUGUUGCCACAGUCGUAUUUGCCAGGCGAAAGCGACGUACUCGACAGCAGAGCAUCGAUCAAUACGACACAGCCGAUAUGGCCAGGCGGCCGAAGAUCUUCCGCGCGGCCACAGACCAUUGCCCUGCCUACUAA